AUGUGGUACGUCGUCGAGUUGAUCAAAGAGGGCGACCCACGGCCAAAGAUACGGCCCCGCUACUGGCUCGGCGGCGUCGAAGGAGGCGGCCGCACUAUUGGACGCAAGCAUGUCGACAUUCGCCUUCCCGCAAAUUCCGUCUCCCGCACGCAUGCAAGAGUCUCGGUCGCCAAGGCCCCCUUCUACUCGCCACCCUCGCAGUCGUGCCGUCGCAAGCAUCAUUCCACCUGUGUUUACAUUGAGGACAGUUCGGCCUAUGGCACGUUCGUCAAGUAUCCCGCAAGCCAUCCUUCGAACCGUGCUCAGAUGGCAGUAGGCCAUCAUCGCCGUCUCGACAAGUCGACUCCAACCGAGGUUUGGGAUGGCGCCUUUCUCGCCUUUGGCGCUCCCCAUGAUUGGUGGCGGUUGGGCCGUGAGAAUUUCGUUUUGGUCCCUUCGCGUCUCUCACAGGCAGAAAGAAAUCGAUUAUUUGUAAUUGCUGAUAUUACGUCUGUUGAAAUUGGCGACACAUGGACAGAAGAAUCCACCCAUUUAAUCACCGAUGAAUGCAGCUCCUCGAGUAUUAAGUUUCUCUCCGUCUUGGCCGAAGGCAAGCAUGUCGUCACAAACGCUUGGGUAGAGGCCUUGCGUCACGUGGUCGCCGAAUCAUGUCGCGCAAAUACCGAUUCUACAGACGUCGAAGCUGCUGCAAAGGCCGCAGAAACUCCCGACGAGAAGCGCUUUGUCCCGCCAUUCUCAAGCGCAGACCAAGCCGCAUUUGCUGCAGAGGACCUCGCCGCCAUCUUGGACGACCCUGUCAAGGAACGUCGCAAGCAUUUGUUCAAAAAUGUCAACUUUGCCUUUUCUAGGGAAGAGCGUCGUUCGCGUUGGGUUGCCAUCUUGGAGGGUCUUGGAGGAUCUACCACUCUCGCAAAAGCUAUCACUUCACCGGGACCCGUUGAAGGGGUCGUCUUCGUGCAAGGGGAGCACGGGGCGUCGAAGAAGGUCCACGAGCCUGUUGACACGACAGGUCGGACGUUUUUACCGGAGUCUGCACUUGCCGCAGCCAUAAUCCGUGCAAAUCUUAUGCCCCUGGAACUUGCCUGCACUGUGCCCGUCAGCGCCGCGUCGAGUUUAAUCAAGUUAAAUGCCGCGGAAGUCACGGAUGUUGCCACCCCUGGUCCUCUUGAUAGUGAAAGCGAUGUCGACUCUGACGAAAGCGACACCGCAAAUGAGAGACGACAGGCUACCAGACGGCCAAUCGUCCCAAUGAAUCCCGAUGAUUCAGUUGCUGAUGGAGACGGGAAUGCCAGUGUUGCCAAACCGAAAUCGCUACGGUCAUCAGAACGUGGUGCACUAAGCGCAGAAGGUGAUAGGGCAGAAGGCAAGCCUGCAACGGCUUCGGAACCCUCCCGAACCACUGCGUCGAAUGUUGCAGCGAAGAAACGUGCUCGACCAGUGCCCGGGUCCUCUCUGGAUGAGUCUGAGUUGCCUCCUGCGAAACGAACCGCAGCUCUUGUCUCUGAAGAACCAGCAGAUGGUGUAGAGAAGGUUCAAGCCACGUCAAGUGUGGUUGCGGAGCAAAUUAACAAUUCAGACUUCAACGAGCGUUCAUUUUUCUCCGUUGGGGAAUUGACCUCUGGUGCUCAUGUGGUAGGCGGCUCGAUAGAGGCAAAGGCUAGCGCCGUUUCCGGCGCGAACGUGCGGCCUUUUCGUCGAAGGAAGCUACCAAACGCAAAAGCCGUUCCUGUGAAGCUCGUGCGUUAUGUGGAUGGCGGCGAAGGAGCCUUCGCCCGUAAGCGAUUACAGUCUGAGGCGCGUUACCAGAGGCGCAGAGGGCAGGAUGGAGCAAAAGUGCUCUCAUCGGAAGAGGAAUAGCGCUUGGGUAAACGCGCGGUUCGAUUAAUGUUGCUACAGGAGAUUGCAUAAUUGAACGGCCCUCACUUGGAUCAGUAGGACAGGAUAAACAAUAAAAAUGCGGACGGGCAUCUGUUCGCUCACGCUUUAAAAUACAUCA